UGUAAUAAACAUGGCGGCCUCCAGUGAAAGCGUUGUGCGUGCUCACCAUUUAGGAAGCUGUUGUGGUGGUGCGUGCUGUCGGCGAUGUCAUUAACUUGCUCGUCCUCUUUUAUGCUCAGAGUGAUAUUCAUGAGCACAGACAAGUACUUCAUGUGCGUGUAGCGAUCGAAAAUCCCGGUAACCGCCUGGAAUUUUCACCCUGUCUUUGCUGUAAUGAAGCUGAAACAUCUGAAGAGCAUCCUGGAUGAUGUUGAUACUUUUAAUUCUCCGAACGUUCAUUUGGAACAGUACCCGACGCCACCGGACAUUGCAGCACACGUGAUGCAUCAUGUGUUCAGCCAAGGGGAAAUCGAAGGCAAAUUGGUGGCCGAUCUUGGUUGCGGUGCAGGGAUACUGAGCAUAGGUGCUGCUGUUCUGAACGCGGGACAUAUAGUUGGAUUCGACAUCGAUGCUGCCGCCUUGCAAAUUUGUUUGCAAAACUGCACGGAAAUGGAUAUAAGUACAGUGGACAUGAUACAGUGGGACCUUGCACUGACGCCAGACAUGCGAUGGAAAGAUGCAUUUGACACCGUAGUUAUGAACCCUCCAUUCGGCACUAGGACGAAGGGCCUUGACAUGGUUUUUCUGAAGGCAGCGCUCUUCAUGUCAUCAGGAUCUGUUUACAGUUUGCAUAAAACUUCAACAAGAGAGCACAUUAAGAAGAAAUCUGAGGAAUGGGGUGUCAACUGCAGGGUGGUGGCAGAGCUUCGCUAUAACAUUGAUAGAUUGUACACAUUUCACAAACGUGACUCGGCAGAUGUUGCUGUUGACUUUGUUCAUUUCUCAAAACGCAGAGUCCCAGGGAGCUUGUAAAUCAUUAGACAUCCUGUUAUGCCUUACGUGGUUGUUGUUGCACAUCAAAACAACUUGCAGAGCUGAGGCUGUGAAAAACACUUUAUUUUUAAAAGGUUACAAAUAUGGGGUCAUGAUUCUAAGUUGCAUAUAUACAAUAGCAAGCCAUGCAUUAUAACAACUGGGGGCACAAGGCAUAUCUAUGGCAACAAGUUUUGCUACUUAUAAAAAACAACUCACAACUAAAAAAAGAAUAACACAUUUAACGAGAGGGCACUGUAAAUAUGCAUUAUCACUUUUCAGUUUGCAAAGCUUAGUAUGCGUAGUGUUUUUACUUUCAGAUUGACAUCUCAGAAAGUCUAGAAAGAAACUAAGUGCUGUUUCAAUGUUUUUGAGCCCUGAUAUGUGUUCAGAACAACUUGAGAGGAAAUAAGUCUUUACACCAACUUUUGCUGGUGGCCAGUAAAAGUGGCUAGUCAAAGCUGUCAUGCAGAGCUGACGACAUAUAUUAGCUUUCGUAGUGGGAAAACUCAUUUCACAGUAAUAAAUGAAAAACAAAUAUUUACAUAUCAGACCAUGUUCUCAACACUUUGCUAAUGACUUCAUGAAGAACAAGUUGAGUAAUUGAAGCAGUAAAGAGGUUCAAGAGCUUUUGGAUACGUGACUGCAAUAAUAUUUGUACUUCGUUCUUAUGAUUUCAUGAAACUCCUGUAACUGAUAAACUUGUAAGUUUAGUUGAAGGACCAAGCGUGUGCAAAUAAAAGUUGUAAAGAGCACUCUAUCUGCACGUUUGGUUAACGGCAUUUUGUAUACUAUCACAAUCUUUAUUUGUUCACUUUAGCAGUUUGGUGUUUUUCACUGUGCGAAAAAUUGUGAAUGCGAAAUGUGAAUUGAGGUACACUUUACAACAUACCACUGUCUGUUUACAGCAUACCACUGUUUUUGAUGGUUUGUACUUUUCAUAUGGUUAUUGCCAAGUGGCAACAGCUGAUUGUGCAUGUAUACUGCUUAUCAAAUAAAUGUAAGGCUUCAUGGAUUUUAAAUGUGUGGUUUCAAGAAUGUAAGAGCUUAACAUAUGGUGCCUAUUUAUUAAAGAGAGAAGACACUGAACAGAUGCAGUAUGCAUAUGUUAUUGAAUGGAGCAGAUAUUGACAGUGGCCUAAUGUCAGUUAUUACUACUUGUUAUCAGUAUGUACAAUAUUCUGUUAAUAAAAGAAGUAGUUUUGUGAAA